AUGAAAAGUCUAAGGGAAAGUGAAAAAGAGAUUACUAUUAACGCCCCAUGGGGCAAGAUCGCUGGUCUAACCUGGGGUAAUCCGGAAAAUCCACCGGUAUUUCUGUGUCCCGGACGAAUUAAUCCAUGUUCCUUAUUUCGUUAUCUGGUCAUGAGAUUGCCCAGCAGCUUUUUUUAUGUAGCUAUCGAUUUGCCGGGUAAUGGAAUUUCUGAUCAUUUGCCGGCCGGCAUCAGAUUUUCCGUAUGGGACUUAGUGCCAAGUGUAGCAAGAGUAGCUGAUCAUUUUAAGUGGAAUAAAUUUAUUUACAUAGGCCAUUCAUUAGGAACAGCUGUAGGAAAGCACUAUGUAAUGGCUUAUCCAGAGAAAGUCACACGUAUUGUAGAGUUGGACCCAGUGCCGGCCUACCACACGGUAUUCCCAGAGGAAAUGAAGGAUUGGUAUCACGAGGUUUACGGCAACCAUUAUGAAGAAAAGCAGUAUAAAAAACACGCGGGCUCCAAGGACACAGCACCGAAAUAUACUUACGAUCAGCUAAAGACUUUAAUAAUGAAAGCCCAAGGCUUGUCUGAAGCCAUAGUUGAAGAAAUUAUACCGCGGUACGCGGUACCGGCGGGAGAUAACUUGUACAGAUUAACAUAUGAUCAGCGGAUGAAAAGCUUAUUCAAGGUGCCAUAUCUACCGGAGCAGCUUAAAGCCAUGUUCACGUCACACAGCAAGCCAAUACUCGCAAUAUUUUCCUCAUUUAGUGUAGACCAGGGCGAAUUUUCUAGAGUACCAUUCGUUUUCGACGAAGAGCAAUGGCCGAAUCGUAAUUAUAAAUAUAUUUUAGUCGAUGGAAGCCACGAGGCGUACUCGGAGCAACCUGAGUGCAUGUCAGAUGAAAUAAGCAAGUUUUUAUUGAACGAUCUUAAAUCUAAAUUGUAG